CCUGCAUCCUCUAUUCCCAUCCUCCCAUUAUUUAUCUCAACCCUGUCCUCUUACAUCGCAUAAUACCUCCAAACGCCUUCUCAUCUCUCGCUUCAACAACAUCUCCCACCCCUCCUCUCGAUCUCAACCCGAAUCCUCAUGGCCCAACAAGCUCACUGGGAGACAUUCAGCGACGAGGACGAUGACGACGGCAACAACAGCAACAACGACGAUGCUCUAUCCCUCUCUGAUCUCCCUGUUGGAUGCCUCGCGGAGAAGCAAGCGACAGGGUGCAAGCCCUCAGAAGCCUUGGAAGACUUCGAAUUCCGGACGUGCGGGAAUGGGCUCCUCUUGAAGCCCGGCCCAGCGGCGGAGGCCCACAUGUGCGUCGCCGAUGAUAUAUUCUUCAAAGGCCAACUGCUCCCGCUCAAAAGCUGCAGCUCACAAUCCGAUCGUAGCCUUAGCAGUAACAGCGUCAGCAGCACUUCCAACUGCAGCAGUUCUUCGGUCAGCAGAAGUCAAUCGUCAAGCAGUCAUUCGAGCAAUUGCGACGCGCCAAGACUGUCGAUAUCAAACAAGUUCUACGCGCACCCUAGCCCGAGACCGCAGGUAAUUCGAACCAACAUUAGCUCGGGUCGGAAGAGUACCGGCUCGGCUCCGCCAAGAUGGGCCUUGCUCCGGCUAGGUGUGGUCAAGACACCCGAAAUUGAGCUCAAUGGCUUGAAGUUGAGGAGGUUGCGGUCCAACGAGAGCAAAUGCGAGCCCAAGGCGAAGAAGUCCGGGCCUAGGUUCGGGUUCGGGUGUAAAUGUGCACCCGAUGUGACGGAGCCCGUGCUAAUAAGGAAGAAGAAGGUGGACGCGGUGAUCGGGUACGAAAAAAGGGAGAGUAUUUGCAAGAGUAGCAGGAUGUUUGAAUGGUUAGAGGAGCUUUCAAUUGGUAAAGGGUCAGCGUCGAGAUAGGCUACAUUGUGUGAAUUGGUGAUCAUUGUGACACUAUUUUUUUUUUCUUGAUUUUGGCGAGAGAGAUGAUCUUUGGGGAGCUUUUGAUUUGAAUUUCUGACAUGAUUCUUUUGGUAACAUGUUGAGUGUUGGGGGUCA